AUGCAAUCAUUACGAGAUGAAGAUUGUUACAACCUGGAUGACGACGAUGAUGAUGAUGGUGAGAAUCAAAUUGAAGAUGGUGAUUUUGAAAGAAGACAGUUAAAGCAUGCAAUGAAGGAAAGUCGUCAAAUGGCUUGGAUGGAGGAAGAGGGUCAUAGGCACUCUGUAUCAAAUGCAAGCGGUCGAUCAUCACAACCAUCAAGCUCAGGAAUCAAGCGCGAACCACCACGUAGCUAUAGCACAAAAGAAGGUGCAAGCAUGCCUAUAAGUGGCCUUGAUCCGUACAUGUUCCCGUCGAAACAAAAGUCAGUAAAAGGCAUAUUCUCAGAAGGUGCAAGCAUGCCUGUAAGUGGCCUUGAUCCGUACAUGUUCCCGUCGAAACAAAAGUCAGUAAAAGGCAUAUUCUCAGGUGCGAACCUGAAAAAAGUGGGAAAAGCUAUUUCAAAGUUCUUCCUCUUCAAUGCCAUACCAUUCAAUGCAGCUGAUAGUGGGCCUUACUAUCAGUCAAUGAUUGACACUAUUGCGGAUGCAGGCCCAGCUUAUUUCUUAAAUCCAAUUUUUCAGUAUUCUAAUCAAUUUUUCAACCAUCCUGAGGUAAGAUCUGGUUUGAAAGAGGUUAUUAAAAGAUUGGAACCAGAUUUGAAUAAACAAGCAAGGGCAAUGAAUGAGGUAUGA